CAUCACUAAUGGUUCAUGUACAUGUAUCAAUGCCCUUCCAGUGGAUGGACAGUUCUGUCAAGUGCUGCCUUCUAAGUACAUGAUUGACAUUGAUGUGAGAUUCUUUGACUUGUUCCUGGUGAACUACUUAAGAAGUCUAAUCAUGAACAUCAGCCUGCCUUUGACUCUGAGCAACAGCAUAAAUAUCACAGAUAUCGACAUGACUACUGUGUGUGGGUUAAAUGGAACACAAUAUGAGUGCAAGUGUGAGGAGCGUCAUGUUUGGCCCAAUGACACCUGCAGGGCCUAUCAUGAGUGUGAUGAGAUUGUGGGGGGCACUUGUGGAUGUAUUCAAGCUCUCCCUUCAGAGGGUCCGCUUUGCCAGAGAGACAUCAAUGAAUGUGAAGAUGCAGUGUCAGUUUGUGGUCAAUACUCAGACUGUAUUAACAUCAUUGGGAGUCACAAGUGUUCAUGCUGGAGUGGAUUUAAUUCCUCCAAUAAAGACAGUCCUGUGAGCCGCAACAACUCAUGUCAGGAUAUAGACGAAUGUCUGGUCAGUCCAUCUGUAUGUGGUCCAGAUUCCAACUGCACAAAUGAAAUAGGAAGUUACAAUUGCUCAUGUUUGAAUGGAUUCACUGUAACAAACUCAAAUCUCACCAUCAGCAUCAAUAACCCGUGUAGAGAUGUCAAUGAAUGUCUAAAUACAUUAGAGGUCUGUGGUCCAAACUCUCGUUGCAACAACUCAUUUGGGAUUUACAACUGUUCCUGCUUGAUUGGGUUUACUGUAACAAAUAUGAAUCAACCAAUCAGCACCAGUAACCCAUGCAAUGUGACUCUACCUUUGACUGAAUAUCUGAUUGAAAUUCAGAUCAAUAGUGUGGAUAGUAGCGUCACUGAUCAGCUGAGGACUCUUCUGAUGUCUUUUAAUUUGCCCUACAUAAUCAGUGACAGCACUAACAUUACAGAAAUCAGCAUAACUACUGUGUGUUCAUUGAACCAAACGCAGUAUCAGUGUAAAUGUGAGGGUCUGUUUGUUUGGCCAAAUGACACGUGUCACUCAUACGAGGCCUGUGAUGACAUCACUAAUGGUUCAUGUACAUGUAUCAAUGCCCUUCCAGUGGAUGGACAGUUCUGUCAAGUGCUGCCUUCUAAGUACAUGAUUGAUAUUGAUGUGAGAUUCUUUGACUUGUUCCUGGUGAACUACUUAAGAAGUCUAAUCAUGAACAUCAGCCUGCCUUUGACUCUGAGCAACAGCAUAAAUAUCACAGAUAUCGACAUGACUACUGUGUGUGGGUUAAAUGGAACACAAUAUGAGUGCAAGUGUGAGGAGCGUCAUGUUUGGCCCAAUGACACCUGCAGGGCCUAUCAUGAGUGUGAUGAGAUUGUGGGGGGCACUUGUGGAUGUAUUCAAGCUCUCCCUUCAGAGGGUCCGCUUUGCCAGAGAGACAUCAAUGAAUGUGAAGAUGCAGUGUCAGUUUGUGGUCAAUACUCAGACUGUAUUAACAUCAUUGGGAGUCACAAGUGUUCAUGCUGGAGUGGAUUUAAUUCCUCAAAUAAAGACAGUCCUGUGAGCCACAACAACUCAUGUCAGGAUAUAGACGAAUGUCUGGUCAGUCCAUCUGUAUGUGGUCCAGAUUCCAGCUGCACAAAUGAAAUAGGAAGUUACAAUUGCUCAUGUUUGAAUGGAUUCACUGUAACAAACUCAAAUCUCACCAUCAGCAUCAAUAACCCGUGUAGAGAUGUCAAUGAAUGUCUAAAUACAUUAGAGGUCUGUGGUCCAAACUCUCGUUGCAACAACUCAUUUGGGAUUUACAACUGUUCCUGCUUGAUUGGGUUUACUGUAACAAAUAUGAAUCAACCAAUCAGCACCAGUAACCCAUGCAAUGUGACUCUACCUUUGACUGAAUAUCUGAUUGAAAUUCAGAUCAAUAGUGUGGAUAGUAGCGUCACUGAUCAGCUGAGGACUCUUCUGAUGUCUUUUAAUUUGCCCUACAUAAUCAGUGACAGCACUAACAUUACAGAAAUCAGCAUAACUACUGUGUGUUCAUUGAACCAAACGCAGUAUCAGUGUAAAUGUGAGGGUCUGUUUGUUUGGCCAAAUGACACAUGUCACUCAUACGAGGCCUGUGAUGACAUCACUAAUGGUUCAUGUACAUGUAUCAAUGCCCUUCCAGUGGAUGGACAGUUCUGUCAAGUGCUGCCUUCUAAGUACAUGAUUGACAUUGAUGUGAGAUUCUUUGACUUGUACUUGGUGAACUACUUAAGAAGUCUAAUCAUGAACAUCAGCCUGCCUUUGACUCUGAGCAACAGCAUAAAUAUCACAGAUAUCGACAUGACUACUGUGUGUGGGUUAAAUGGAACACAAUAUGAGUGCAAGUGUGAGGAGCGUCAUGUUUGGCCCAAUGACACCUGCAGGGCCUAUCAUGAGUGUGAUGAGAUUGUGGGGGGCACUUGUGGAUGUAUUCAAGCUCUCCCUUCAGAGGGUCCGCUUUGCCAGAGAGACAUCAAUGAAUGUGAAGAUGCAGUGUCAGUUUGUGGUCAAUACUCAGACUGUAUUAACAUCAUCGGGAGUCACAAGUGUUUAUGCUGGAGUGGAUUUAAUUCCUCAAAUAAAGACAGUCCUGUGAGCCGCAACAACUCAUGUCAGGAUAUAGACGAAUGUCUGGUCAGUCCAUCUGUAUGUGGUCCAGAUUCCAGCUGCACAAAUGAAAUAGGAAGUUACAAUUGCUCAUGUUUGAAUGGAUUCACUGUAACAAACUCAAAUCUCACCAUCAGCAUCAAUAACCCGUGUAGAGAUGUCUAUGAAUGUCUAAAUACAUUAGAGGUCUGUGGUCCAAACUCUCGUUGCAACAACUCAUUUGGGAGUUACAACUGUUCCUGCUUGAUUGGGUUUACUGUAACAAAUAUGAAUCAACCAAUCAGCACCAGUAACCCAUGCAAUGUGACUCUACCUUUGACUGAAUAUCUGAUUGAAAUUCAGAUCAAUAGUGUGGAUAGUAGCGUCACUGAUCAGCUGAGGACUCUUCUGAUGUCUUUUAAUUUGCCCUACAUAAUCAGUGACAGCACUAACAUUACAGAAAUCAGCAUAACUACUGUGUGUUCAUUGAACCAAACGCAGUAUCAGUGUAAAUGUGAGGGUCUGUUUGUUUGGCCAAAUGACACGUGUCACUCAUACGAGGCCUGUGAUGACAUCACUAAUGGUUCAUGUACAUGUAUCAAUGCCCUUCCAGUGGAUGGACAGUUCUGUCAAGUGCUGCCUUCUAAGUACAUGAUUGACAUUGAUGUGAGAUUCUUUGACUUGUACUUGGUGAACUACUUAAGAAGUCUAAUCAUGAACAUCAGCCUGCCUUUGACUCUGAGCAACAGCAUAAAUAUCACAGAUAUCGACAUGACUACUGUGUGUGGGUUAAAUGGAACACAAUAUGAGUGCAAGUGUGAGGAGCGUCAUGUUUGGCCCAAUGACACCUGCAGGGCCUAUCAUGAGUGUGAUGAGAUUGUGGGGGGCACUUGUGGAUGUAUUCAAGCUCUCCCUUCAGAGGGUCCGCUUUGCCAGAGAGACAUCAAUGAAUGUGAAGAUGCAGUGUCAGUUUGUGGUCAAUACUCAGACUGUAUUAACAUCAUCGGGAGUCACAAGUGUUCAUGCUGGAGUGGAUUUAUUUCCUCAAAUAAAGACAGUCCUGUGAGCCACAACAACUCAUGUCAGGAUAUAGACGAAUGUCUGGUCAGUCCAUCUGUAUGUGGUCCAGAUUCCAGCUGCACAAAUGAAAUAGGAAGUUACAAUUGCUCAUGUUUGGAUGGAUUCACUGUAACAAACUCAAAUCUCACCAUCAGCAUCAAUAACCCGUGUAGAGAUGUCAAUGAAUGUCUAAAUACAUUAGAGGUCUGUGGUCCAAACUCUCGUUGCAACAACUCAUUUGGGAGUUACAACUGUUCCUGCUUGAUUGGGUUUACUGUAACAAAUAUGAAUCAACCAAUCAGCACCAGUAACCCAUGCAAUGAUAUCGAUGAAUGUCUGGUCAGUCCAUCUGUAUGUGGUCCAGAUUCCAACUGCACAAAUGAAAUAGGAAGUCACAAUUGCUCAUGUUUGGAUGGAUUCACUGUAACAAACUCAAAUCUCACCAUCAGCAUCAAUAACACAUGUAGAGAUGUGAAUGAAUGUGUCGAGAGAUCAGAGGUCUGCGGUCCAAACUCAAACUGCAGCAACACUGUUGGGAGUUACAAUUGCUCCUGCAAGAGUGGAUAUGAUGCAACAGAUCCAAACCUCCCUAUAAACAGCAAUAACACAUGUAGAGAUAUAGAUGAAUGUCUGGUCAGUCCAUCUGUAUGUGGUCCAGAUUCCAACUGCACAAAUGAAAUAGGAAGUCACAAUUGCUCAUGUUUGGAUGGAUUCUCUGUAACAAACUCAAAUCUCACCAUCAGCAUCAAUAACCCGUGUAGAGAUGUGAAUGAAUGUGUCGAGAGAUCAGAGGUCUGCGGUCCAAACUCAAACUGCAGCAACACUGUUGGGAGUUACAAUUGCUCCUGCAAGAGUGGAUAUGAUGUAACAGACCCAAACCUCCCUAUAAACAGCAAUAACACAUGUAGAGAUAUUGAUGAAUGUCUGGUCAGUCCAUCUGUAUGUGGUCCAGAUUCCAACUGCACAAAUGAAAUAGGAAGUCACAAUUGCUCAUGUUUGGAUGGAUUCACUGUAACAAACUCAAAUCUCACCAUCAGCAUCAAUAACCCGUGUAGAGAUGUGGAUGAAUGUGUCGAGAGAUCAGAGGUCUGCGGUCCAAACUCAAACUGCAGCAACACUGUUGGGAGUUACAAUUGCUCCUGCAAGAGUGGAUAUGAUGUAACAGACCCAAACCUCCCUAUAAACAGCAAUAACACAUGUAGAGAUAUAGAUGAAUGUCUGCUCAGUCCAUCUGUAUGUGGUCCAGAUUCCAACUGCACAAAUGAAAUAGGAAGUCACAAUUGCUCAUGUUUGGAUGGAUUCACUGUAACAAACUCAAAUCUCACCAUCAGCAUCAAUAACACAUGUAGAGACGUGAAUGAAUGUGUCGAGAGAUCAGAGGUCUGCGGUCCAAACUCAAACUGCAGCAACACUGUUGGGAGUUACAAUUGCUCCUGCAAGAGUGGAUAUGAUGUAACAGACCCAAACCUCCCUAUAAACCGCAAUAACACAUGUAGAGAUAUCGAUGAAUGUCUGGUCAGUCCAUCUGUAUGUGGUCCAGAUUCCAACUGCACAAAUGAAAUAGGAAGUCACAAUUGCUCAUGUUUGGAUGGAUUCUCUGUAACAAACUCAAAUCUCACCAUCAGCAUCAAUAACCCGUGUAGAGAUGUGGAUGAAUGUGUCGAGAGAUCAGAGGUCUGCGGUCCAAACUCAAACUGCAGCAACACUGUUGGGAGUUACAAUUGCUCCUGCAAGAGUGGAUAUGAUGUAACAGACCCAAACCUCCCUAUAAACAGCAAUAACACAUGUAGAGAUAUAGACGAAUGUCUGGUCAGUCCAUCUGUAUGUGGUCCAGAUUCCAACUGCACAAAUGAAAUAGGAAGUCACAGUUGCUCAUGUUUGGAUGGAUUCACUGUAACAAACUCAAAUCUCACCAUCAGCAUCAAUAACCCGUGUAGAGAUGUGGAUGAAUGUGUCGAGAGAUCAGAGGUCUGCGGUCCAAACUCAAACUGCAGCAACACUGUUGGGAGUUACAAUUGCUCCUGCAAGAGUGGAUAUGAUGUAACAGACCCAAACCUCCCUAUAAACAGCAAUAACACAUGUAGAGAUAUAGAUGAAUGUCUGGUCAGUCCAUCUGUAUGUGGUCCAGAUUCCAACUGCACAAAUGAAAUAGGAAGUCACAAUUGCUCAUGUUUGGAUGGAUUCACUGUAACAAACUCAAAUCUCACCAUCAGCAUCAAUAACCCGUGUAGAGAUGUCUAUGAAUGUCUAAAUACAUUAGAGGUCUGUGGUCCAAACUCUCGUUGCAACAACUCAUUUGGGAGUUACAACUGUUCCUGCUUGAUUGGGUUUACUGUAACAAAUAUGAAUCAACCAAUCAGCACCAGUAACCCAUGCAAUGAUAUCGAUGAAUGUCUGGUCAGUCCAUCUGUAUGUGGUCCAGAUUCCAACUGCACAAAUGAAAUAGGAAGUCACAAUUGCUCAUGUUUGGAUGGAUUCACUGUAACAAACUCAAAUCUCACCAUCAGCAUCAAUAACACAUGUAGAGAUGUGGAUGAAUGUGUCGAGAGAUCAGAGGUCUGCGGUCCAAACUCAAACUGCAGCAACACUGUUGGGAGUUACAAUUGCUCCUGCAAGAGUGGAUAUAAUGUAACAGACCCAAACCUCCCUAUAAACAGCAAUAACACAUGUAGAGAUAUAGAUGAAUGUCUGGUCAGUCCAUCUGUAUGUGGUCCAGAUUCCAACUGCACAAAUGAAAUAGGAAGUCACAAUUGCUCAUGUUUGGAUGGAUUCACUGUAACAAACUCAAAUCUCACCAUCAGCAUCAAUAACCCGUGUAGAGAUGUGGAUGAAUGUGUCGAGAGAUCAGAGGUCUGCGGUCCAAACUCAAACUGCAGCAACACUGUUGGGAGUUACAAUUGCUCCUGCAAGAGUGGAUAUGAUGUAACAGACCCAAACCUCCCUAUAAACAGCAAUAACACAUGUAGAGAUAUAGAUGAAUGUCUGGUCAGUCCAUCUGUAUGUGGUCCAGAUUCCAACUGCACAAAUGAAAUAGGAAGUCACAAUUGCUCAUGUUUGGAUGGAUUCACUGUAACAAACUCAAAUCGCACCAUCAGCAUCAAUAACACAUGUAGAGAUGUGGAUGAAUGUGUCGAGAGAUCAGAGGUCUGCGGUCCAAACUCAAACUGCAGCAACACUGUUGGGAGUUACAAUUGCUCCUGCAAGAGUGGAUAUGAUGUAACAGACCCAAACCUCCCUAUAAACAGCAAUAACACAUGUAGAGAUAUAGAUGAAUGUCUGGUCAGUCCAUCUGUAUGUGGUCCAGAUUCCAACUGCACAAAUGAAAUAGGAAGUCACAAUUGCUCAUGUUUGGAUGGAUUCACUGUAACAAACUCAAAUCUCACCAUCAGCAUCAAUAACACAUGUAGAGACGUGAAUGAAUGUGUCGAGAGAUCAGAGGUCUGCGGUCCAAACUCAAACUGCAGCAACACUGUUGGGAGUUACAAUUGCUCCUGCAAGAGUGGAUAUGAUGUAACAGACCCAAACCUCCCUAUAAACAGCAAUAACACAUGUAGAGAUGUGGAUGAAUGUGUCGAGAGAUCAGAGGUCUGCGGUCCAAACUCAAACUGCAGCAACACUGUUGGGAGUUACAAUUGCUCAUGCAAGAGUGGAUAUGAUGCAACAGAUCCAAACCUCCCUAUAAACAGCAGUAACCCAUGUAGAGAUAUAGAUGAAUGUCUGGUCAGUCCAUCUGUAUGUGGUCCAGAUUCCAACUGCACAAAUGAAAUAGGAAGUCACAAUUGCUCAUGUUUGGAUGGAUUCACUGUAACAAACUCAAAUCUCACCAUCAGCAUCAAUAACACAUGUAGAGAUGUGGAUGAAUGUGUCGAGAGAUCAGAGGUCUGCGGUCCAAACUCAAUCUGCAACAACACUGUUGGGAGUUACAAUUGCUCGUGCAAGAGUGGAUAUAAUGUAACAGACACAAACCUCCCUAUAAACAGCAGUAACCCAUGUAGAGAUAUAGAUGAAUGUCUGGUCAGUCCAUCUGUAUGUGGUCCAGAUUCCAGCUGCACAAAUGAAAUAGGAAGUCACAAUUGCUCAUGUUUGGAUGGAUUCACUGUAACAAACUCAAAUCUCACCAUCAGCAUCAAUAACACAUGUAGAGAUGUGGAUGAAUGUGUCGAGAGAUCAGAGGUCUGCGGUCCAAACUCAAUCUGCAACAACACUGUUGGGAGUUACAAUUGCUCCUGCAAGAGUGGAUAUGAUGUAACCGACACAAACCUCCCUAUAAACAGCAGUAACCCAUGUAGAGAUAUAGACGAAUGUCUGGUCAGUCCAUCUGUAUGUGGUCCAGAUUCCAACUGCACAAAUGAAAUAGGAAGUCACAAUUGCUCAUGUUUGGAUGGAUUCACUGUAACAAACUCAAAUCUCUCCAUCAGCAUCAAUAACCCGUGUAGAGAUGUGGAUGAAUGUGUCGAGAGAUCAGAGGUCUGCGGUCCAAACUCAAUCUGCAACAACACUGUUGGGAGUUACAAUUGCUCGUGCAAGAGUGGAUAUAAUGUAACAGACCCAAACCUCUCUAUAAACAGCAGUAACCCAUGUAGAGAUAUAGAUGAGUGUCUGGUCAGUCCAUCUGUAUGUGGUCCAGAUUCCAACUGCACAAAUGAAAUAGGAAGUCACAAUUGCUCAUGUUUGGAUGGAUUCACUGUAACAAACUCAAAUCUCACCAUCAGCAUCAAUAACACAUGUAGAGAUGUGGAUGAAUGUGUCGAGAGAUCAGAGGUCUGCGGUCCAAACUCAAUCUGCAACAACACUGUUGGGAGUUACAAUUGCUCCUGCAAGAGUGGAUAUAAUGUAACAGACACAAAUCUCCCUAUAAACAGCAGUAACCCAUGUAGAGAUGUGGAUGAAUGUGUCGAGAGAUCAGAGGUCUGCGGUCCAAACUCAAUCUGCAACAACACUGUUGGGAGUUACAAUUGCUCAUGCAAGAGUGGAUAUAAUGUAACAGACCCAAACCUCCCUAUAAACAGCAGUAACCCAUGUAGAGAUAUAGAUGAAUGUCUGGUCAGUCCAUCUGUAUGUGGUCCAGAUUCCAACUGCACAAAUGAAAUAGGAAGUCACAAUUGCUCAUGUUUGGAUGGAUUCACUGUAACAAACUCAAAUCGCACCAUCAGCAUCAAUAACCCGUGUAGAGAUGUGGAUGAAUGUGUCGAGAGAUCAGAGGUCUGCGGUCCAAACUCAAACUGCAACAACACUGUUGGGAGUUACAAUUGCUCCUGCAAGAGUGGAUAUAAUGGAACAGACACAAACCUCCCUAUAAACAGCAGUAACCCAUGUAGAGAUAUAGACGAAUGUCUGCUCAGUCCAUCUGUAUGUGGUCCAGAUUCCAACUGCACAAAUGAAAUAGGAAGUCACAAUUGCUCAUGUUUGGAUGGAUUCACUGUAACAAACUCAAAUCUCACCAUCAGCAUCAAUAACACAUGUAGAGAUGUGGAUGAAUGUGUCGAGAGAUCAGAGGUCUGCGGUCCAAACUCAAUCUGCAACAACACUGUUGGGAGUUACAAUUGCUCGUGCAAGAGUGGAUAUAAUGUAACAGACACAAACCUCCCUAUAAACAGCAGUAACCCAUGUAAAGAUAUAGAUGAAUGUCUGGUCAGUCCAUCUGUAUGUGGUCCAGAUUCCAACUGCACAAAUGAAAUAGGAAGUCACAAUUGCUCAUGUUUGGAUGGAUUCACUGUAACAAACUCAAAUCUCACCAUCAGCAUCAAUAACACAUGUAGAGAUGUGGAUGAAUGUGUCGAGAGAUCAGAGGUCUGCGGUCCAAACUCAAUCUGCAACAACACUGUUGGGAGUUACAAUUGCUCAUGCAAGAGUGGAUAUAAUGUAACAGACACAAACCUCCCUAUAAACAGCAGUAACCCAUGUAGAGAUAUCGAUGAAUGUCGGGUCAGUCCAUCUGUAUGUGGUCCAGAUUCCAACUGCACAAAUGAAAUAGGAAGUCACAAUUGCUCAUGUUUGGAUGGAUUUACUGUAACAAACUCAAAUCUCACCAUCAGCAUCAAUAACACAUGUAGAGAUGUGGAUGAAUGUGUCGAGAGAUCAGAGGUCUGCGGUCCAAACUCAAUCUGCAACAACACUGUUGGGAGUUACAAUUGCUCGUGCAAGAGUGGAUAUAAUGUAACAGACACAAACCUCCCUAUAAACAGCAGUAACCCAUGUAGAGAUGUGGAUGAAUGUGUCGAGAGAUCAGAGGUCUGCGGUCCAAACUCAAUCUGCAACAACACUGUUGGGAGUUACAAUUGCUCCUGCAAGACUGGAUAUAAUGUAACAGACACAAACCUCCCUAUAAACAGCAGUAACCCAUGUAGAGAUAUAGAUGAAUGUCUGCUCAGUCCAUCUGUAUGUGGUCCAGAUUCCAGCUGCACAAAUGUAAUAGGAAGUCACAAUUGCUCAUGUUUGGAUGGAUUCACUGUAACAAACUCAAAUCUCACCAUCAGCAUCAAUAACCCAUGUACAGCAAUAACAGCAACAGCACCAGUGCCUUCUACAACUAUGAACCCUACUACAACAACUACAACUACAGCACCCAAUACAACUACAACUUCUACAACUACAGCACCUACUACAACUCCUAUAACCACAACUUCUACAACAACAACAACUGCACCUAUUAAAGAACCAGUCCCGUUUACAGUUAAAAUGUCAAUGAAAUUAGAUGAAGAUUUUGAUACCAGUCUCAGCGACCCCAAAACAGAGAAGUACCAACGCUAUGCUGGUGAUAUUCAGUCAGUGAUUAACACAACUUACCACACUGUGCCUACGUUCAAAGGUUCAGUACGUGUCACUGGCUUCAGGCCUGGUAGCAUUAUAGUAGACUAUGAAGUAUCUUCAACAAUCAGCAGCGCAGCUACUUUUGCAGAUACAAACAAUGAGGUUGCCAAAAAUCUCAAAUCCAGUGGAUAUCCUGUAGCUGUGGAUGCUUUUGCUGAAAGUGAAAACGCCACUUUUUCCUCUACACCAUGGUAUCCUGAGCAAGAUAUGAGACUGGAAUGUAAACGCCCAGUUUCUGUUCUUGGUGACAUAAGUUGGAAAUGGAAUGAUGACGUUAUAAUACAGAACGAAAAAUACUCCAUUACUACUUCAGAAGAUGGUAGCAUUCUCACUGUGAAAAAAGUUGAAGAGAAAGACAAAGGUAUAUAUGCAUGUAUCAUUAAAAGGAAAAUAAAUUACAUUCUGUGGCAAGAUAUAGUUAUUGCCACACUUCCCAAUAUUAAUGUGGGUCAAAACGAAAGACAGUUUCAGUGUAAGGAUCAGACCGUGGAGCUGAUAUGCUGCGAACCAAACUAUGCUGUGGUGUGGAAUACUGGUGAAGAGACAUCUCCAGGCGGGACAUGCGCCACACUAAAACAUGAAAUCAAGAGCACAGAUUGUGGUCCUGAAGAAUUUACAUGCAGACUCAAGAUCGCUGCCCUUCAAAGCUUGUCUUAUGGCCAGAGCAAAGUCAAAAUUCAGAAAGUCGAUGAAGUGUUGACCUGUAACGAUAAAACACUUGGAGAUGGAAAAGAAGGUGACUUUGUGCAAGGACCCUGUGAAAAAGGCAAAGAAGGCAUUAUAACUUAUCAAUGUAAAUUAUCUGUAUGGUCGGAGACUGUCAGGGACUGUAUACUUCAGGUUAUCAUAGAAAUUGAAAAGAAAGUUGAGAAUUUGGUUCCACAAGAGAUACCCGAGGUUAUUAGUCAGCUUAGCACUGCUACAGUGGACAAUAAAGACGAGAUAACACAGUCUUCUGUGACUGUCGAAAAAAUUGUUGACAUACUUGUAAGAAUUGCUGAGGUCUCACAAUCCAUUGUCAUCGGUGAGCCUGUGAUGAAGGGUUUCCUUACGGCAGUGAAUGUCCUUGUUUUAGAAGAAAGCAGUUCAUCAUGGACAAAAUUGAAUGCCAACAACACAUCAAACGCCAGCAUUGCACUUCUGAGCGCUAUUGAGAAUAUAAGCGACCGUCUCACAGAUGACAAUUUUUCAAUAAACGAAACCUCUCUUGAGUUGAAUAAAAUUGUAACAAACAGCUCCUCAUAUAGUCAAAUAUCAAAACUGCCAAACUCAACUACUGAGAUUCUGAUACCACAGAUUCCUGCAUCCACCUCCAUAACCACCAUAAUCUUCACAACUCUUGAUAAUGUCCUACCUACUCGUAAUACUAGCAAUAAAAAUGACACCAAUAAUAACGUACGCAUCAACGGAGAUGUGGUUGUUGUUAAGGUGAACCCAAUGGUUAACAACAUUUCUUUUGCGUUUGACACUACGAAUGCCUCUUUGGGAAAUCCUCAAUGUGUCUUUUGGAACUUCAGUCUUGACGCAUGGGAUUCCAAUGGAUGUGAAGUAAAGCCCUCAGUGAAUCAAACUGGCAAGGUUACAUGUGAAUGCAACCACACAACCUCCUUUUCAAUCCUAAUGUCACCGUUUUUCCUGAAGAAUGAUGUCUUAGCCUAUAUAACAUACAUUGGUGUAGCUAUUUCAAUGGCCAGCUUGAUUUUGUGCCUCAUUAUCGAGAUUAUCGUGUGGAAGUCAAUGACAAGAAAUGACACAUCCUACAUGCGACAUGUGUCCAUAGUCAACAUUGCCGUGUCCCUGCUGAUCGCGAACAUCUGUUUUAUCAUUGGAGCCGCAGUCGCAGAACAAGAGCAGCCAACAUCAGUGGGUCGCUGCAGUCCAGCGGUUUUCUUCAUGCACUUUUUUUACCUGGCUCUUUUCUUCUGGAUGUUAAUUUCAGCGCUGUUGCUCUUUUACCGGACAGUCAUGGUCUUGUCCCAAAUGUCAAGGGCCAGAAUGAUGGCCAUUGCCUUCAUAGUCGGUUAUGGUGCGCCUUUGCUCAUAGCGGUCAUUACUGUUGCGUCGACAGCUGGACCUAAGGAAUAUAUCACGAAAGAAUUAGCAUGCUGGCUGAACUGGAAUGAAUCUAAGGCCCUGCUGGCAUUUGUGAUUCCAGCUCUCACUAUUGUAGCCAUAAACCUUGUGGUUUUGAUUGUGGUUCUGUAUAAGAUGUUGAGGAGAGGAGUUGGUACCACAACUCAGCCGGAUGAGAAACAUGCCCUGGUGGUCAUUGCCCGAUGUGUGGCCAUAUUGACUCCUAUCUUUGGUCUAACUUGGGGAUUUGGAAUUGGAACCAUGGUGUCCCGUGACUUAGGCAUUCAUGUGGUGUUUGCACUCCUCAAUUCACUGCAGGGAUUCUUUAUAUUGGUGUUUGGAACGCUUUUAGACAGCAAGAUCCGUGAAGCACUGGCAGGAAAGCUGUCACUAAGGAACCUUACCAGCUCUAACCAAACCAGGAGUACUAGUGGAGGACCAUCAUCUUCAAGCGGGCUGGGUUUCUUUCAAAGGAUACGUAGGAGAAGAAAUAUCUACAAUGUAUCUGAAGCCAGCUCAGCAGCAAGAUCUUCAAACAGCUCUGGUGGCUCAGAUACUUUUAUGAAUGCAUAAUCAGCACAUUAACUGUUACUUUAUUAAAUAUUAAACAGCCUUUUCCAAACAAGUUUUCUAUACUGCAAGUAUAUAAACUCUACAAUCUGUUACUUAUUUAUGGGAAGUAGUGUUUCUAUGUUCUGAAGUAUGAAUAAAAGUGGAUUAUAAUUUACAGAUCUAAUGUUUAAUAUGGGAUAUGUUUUAUUAUAAUGCUGUGAUUUGCAUGAUUGAUGCACUCAUUUAUAACAGAAAAAUUAUAUAAUUAAUAUAGAAAUUGCUUUAUUUGUGUUUUCUGGCUUAUUUGAUGUAAUGUAUUUUUCUUUGCCAUUUUAAAUCAUCAGGUUUGUCGAAAGGUUGGUGUCUUUAUGCUGUUCUACACUGUAUGGUUUAUUUAUAAAAAAUCUAUAAUAAAAUGUAAAUGCAACAGAUA